GGAUAUCUUGAUUAAAAAUCAUAAGUUGAUUGUUUUCAGUGACAGGCAGAUUUGUGAUUGUUGCAACGCCCAGAAAAAGCGGCUGGUAAGUCCUUCUAGAAACUCUUCAGAGAGCAUCACUUCAUCUCAGGCGCUGAAAAGAAGAACCAUGCCGCUCACGCCUAUUCAAAUCUUUAUUCUGAUGUGUGGAUAUUUUUACAGAUUUCACACUAUCGGUGAGUCUCGCUUUAAUUAUCAUGUCAAAAGGGAGACUAUUCCGUCAAGAUAUUGUUUGAUUCUUCCCUCUUUUGGUAUUUCAUUUUACUCUACACAGCAUACGCAUAUGCAGAAACAGAAUAAUUUAAUAAUGAUCAAGGCAUUUGAAAAACAAAUAGAGAAAUAUAUAUAGUUUUCAUGAUCUCUUUUGUUAGCGAAUUCUAAUUAAGUGUCUGUUUAAAGAUACAUAUAACCAUUUUAUUCAAAACAAAUGCUAACAAACUUAAAUAUGUCAGUCUCAGUGAUUAACUAUCACUAUGUGAAAAUACAAAACGAUGAUUUCUUUGAAAGCAUGCAGCCUCUCUUUGUUGAAAUGUUUUAGAAAAUGCUGAUUAUUUUGUUCAGGGUGCUCAGCUGAUGCACUAACAGUCUGGUUUGUCCUGAGAAGUUUAUUUGUAAUAGACGUAACUGCUAUGUCGUUUAUGCUGUACAGAAUAUCCAGCAGUUCACACAAAAAAAAAGGUUGGCUGAAUUUCUGUAGAAAAAAACAUUUUUUCAAGUAUUAAACAUUAUUAUUAUAAUUUUUUAAAACUCAAGAACCUCCGUCUCUCCAAGUCCAGCGUGGAUCUGAUGUCUCUUUGAGAUGUGACGUCCCUUUCCUGUCUGAAUCCUCCACAUUACACUGGGAGAAAGAUGGAGAACAAACAUCCAACACCACACUGAUGUACAACAACUCUGCCUUCAUCAUCUUACACACCGUUGAUGAACACAGUAAAGGGAAAUAUUACUGUAUUCUGACCAAAGAAGGAAGUGUAGAAACUGUUAAGAGACACACACUUACUGUCGCUUCAAAUUCACACACUGAAAAAUCAAAAGCUUUUCUCAUUUACAGACAAAGCUCCAGUAACAGUGAAGUAUUACUGAUCUGUAAAUCUAGAAAGGUAUAUGAGAACUUGAAGUGGACCUGGGCACCGAGGCCUGAUUCACAGAUUGAUCUGAUAGCUUUUAAACACAGAAAACAAGUUCAGUUAAAAGGACCAAUUAAACCGGGGAGACGUUCUUCAAAGGAAUACGACAGUCAAGCUUUGAUCUUUCACGUCUCACCUGUGAAGUUCAAUUACAGUGGGACAUACAGGUGUAUUACAGAAACAACCACCUACACAACAAUCAUACUACACACCAUCAGAGUGUCAGUGGAGCCCUCUGAUGGUGUGUUGAUGAAUCAGUCAGUGGUUUUUACCUGUCAGCUUUCUGAAGUAACUGGUUCAGUGACGCUGGUCUGGCUCAGGAUGGAGGGAAACAGAGGAGUGCUGGUCAAACAGCAAAUGAUGACUAAAAAAAACAAAAAUUUACAACUCACAGUAAAUGUCUCCAGCUAUGAAACAGACCUGAUGAACUGGCAGUGUGCAGUUUUUACAGAGAAUACACUCAGAGCUCUGGCCCCUGUGACCAACUACAGUCUUACCUCAACAACUACAAAUGAACCAGACAUAUCAACAGAAACCUCAACUGGAACAAACAAAGCAAUCAACAAACAUGCAAAGACAGCAGCAUCUACUGUUUUGGCUCUGUUUAUUGUGACUCUGCUUGGAACUCUGUUGUAUUACUGCUACAAGAAACGAGUGUCAAGUACAAAAAAUACCAUCUGUCAUUCAUUUUUGUCCUUUAAUAAUAUUUUCACAGGGAAUGCUUUUUAUUCAUCCUUACAUACUUAUUCUUGCUAUAUUUGCAUCAUUUCAGUGUACUCUGACCCUCAGGAGUCUGAACCAGUCUACAUUAACAUCAGCCAAAUGAGGAUCGAAAGAGCACAGUGUAGCAACAGAGAAAGUCCUGAAAUAUACCGCAAUAUAAGACGGAACAGAUAUGGAAAAACAAACAUAAAUAAAAGAGAUGAGACUACAGUUACCUCAGACAGUGUAACAUACGCAACCAUUUCUUUCAACAAACCCAGUUUCCAGACUUAGACAUAACUCCCCAACAGCAUUAUGAAAACCUGAAGAUAAGAGAAUGUUGUCAUUUGGUUAUAUGUCGUGUUUUAUUUAAGCUUCGUGAACCUCAAACUAUUGUCUCAUGGAGAACGCGUAACAUUUUUUUUAUUAAACAGCAGAUGGCGCUGUCUGAUUACAUAGGCUUUCACCUGAGCAGGUUUAGGAGUGUGAUCAAAUACUGCCUUCAGUAAACCACCACGAAUAUUAAUCUGAUAAAAAGUGGAUAAUUGCGUCCCUCAGCUAACGUUGUUUUAGUGACUUGUACAAACUAACGUGAAUAUUAUUAUGACUUUCGUUGCGAUAUUUUAGCUGCUUUCAUGUAAGUGCAAGUAUGCUGGUGAAACGGCCAUUUGAUGGCACUGUUUGAAAACAUACUUGAAAUAUAAUAAUAAUAAAAAAGUGUAAGUACAAAA